AUGGCUGAAGUUUUAACUGCAUUAGUGCGGAUUCUGAACUCUUCCAAGAAUUCGUUGAGGAAAAUUCUGGUGACAGGGGACUUUGAAGAGUAUUCUGAAGAGACAGAUAUGCACUGCACUAUAAAGUUGAUGGAAAUGCUCAAUCAAUACACUGCUGGAUUUAAAUCGGGAAGUCUCGAAAACAAUGGCACUUUCUUGAUGGAUGAAAUUGCAGAACUUGAAACUGGUUAUAGAAAUUUCCUGCCUCAUCGUGUUCUUUUGUGUAUGCUACAGGGAAGGCUCAACAAAGUUUCUGUUAUUCUAGUGAAACUGGUGGGGGAGAUGUGGGAUUAUAUCGAAGCAGUCGUGAUCAGAGUACUUGUGCAUCAUGCCGAGAAUUGCCCACAACUCCAGUCUUGCACGAGGCGAGCUGCAGAAAAUUUGAUCACCAAAAAGAAAGAGGAAUCGAUUAAUUGGGUGAUGCAGAUGAUUGGAAUGGAGAAGUUUGGAGGUUAUACCUGUAAUCCUGACUACCUCGCGACCUAUAAUAAUCUCAUGCGCAAGCAAGGAGAGUUGAUUGAAAGGAUUUUUGGCAAUUCUCGGUAUGAUUAUCAUUUCCAAAUCAUUGAAAUUGGGGCUAAUGCAAUCCAACUUGGGCAUCUUAGAAGUCAUCAGCAAGAUAUGGUGAAACAAGCUUUCGAUAUAAAGAUGAGAAUGGUGGCUUACUGGAAGAUUGUCCAAAUGAGGCUUGUGGAUAGCAUGGCUUUGCACAUCCUAUUCCAAUGUCAAAAGCUAGUGGAUGUGGAGAUGGAAGAGGAAGUUGUAAAGGAUCUAUCGGCACCUCAUAAUGGAGGCAUCGAGAGGAUGCUAGACGAACCGCCUAUAGUUGCAGAGAAACGUCAAUGCUUGAGCAAAAGUGUCGAGGUGCUCGAGGAAUCGAGGGAUGUCGUGGCCAAGAUCAUGGACAGAAUUACACUCGGUGAUGAGUAA